UUUUUAUUUGGUAGCAUAAUAUAUCACUAUAUUCUGUUAUCAGCUGAUGAACUGAGAGGUUAGAAUCAUAUUUGUGUUAUUUCUUGUUGAAUAAAAUUGUGUUUUAAAGUAAAAUGACUGUGAAACCUCGUGAAAGACCGGCAGAUCCUGACGAUGACCCCGUAGAAUCGAUGCUUAAGAAAACCGGUUGCUUGGAAUUACAUUACAAAGUGCAGGAAUGCAUAGCUACUACCAAAGAUUGGAGGAAAUGCCAGACAGAAGUGAAUGAAUUUAGAGAUUGUAUUAACAAACACAAAAAACCUGAAAUAAAAAGUUAAUUUAGUUUUAUA